AUGGAUUCUUCUCUUUCUUCUCCAGAAGAUCAAAUGACGAAUUAUGUCCACGCAGGCGUUAGCCCAGAUCCGCUCACGGGAGCCCUUCUCAAGCCGAUAUACCAGUCCACCACCUAUGUGCAAGAAAGCGUUGAAAAGUACCUCCAAAAGGGAUAUUCCUAUUCACGAUCGGGAAACCCAACAGUCCGAGCCCUUGAAGAAAGAAUGAAAACCGUUGAAGGAGGCGCGGAUGCUGCUUGUUUCAGCACCGGCAUGGCUGCCACUAUCACAGUGCUGACGGCCUUCUUGAGCGCAGGAGACCACUGCAUUAUGCCGAUUUGUUUGUACGGCGGAUCAUACCGUGCGGCAAAUGAGUAUGUGCGCCGUUUUGGGGUGGAUUUUGACUUUGUAGAUUUCAGAGAACCAGCACAAGUGGAGAGAGCCUUCAAACCUAACACGAAAAUGGUCUUUGCUGAGACUCCUGCUAAUCCCACGCUGCAUUUGACAGACUUACAAGCGAUCGAUAUGAUCAUCGCGAAGAAAGAACUCGACAAACUUAGAAACAAAAAGAAAGCUGAGGGCAGUACCGCAUCAGUGGAUGCAACAGCUACUAAUAAUUCGGAUGAGGAAUUGCUCAAGACCCUCUCUGGGGGGAAGCGGGAGAAAGAAAGGUCGGUUUUGUUUGUCGUUGACUCAACUUUCGCCACUCCCCAUGUCCUGCACCCUUUUGAACACGGAGCAGAUGUUGUUUUGCACUCCACCACCAAGUACUUCGACGGCCACAAUAUCACAACAGGGGGUGCUGCAAUUAGUCGCUUUCUUAAUGUGCACGACAAAAUAGCCUACACAAGAAACAUAUGCGGCAGCAUCAUGGACCCUCAAACUGCGUUUUACACCUUAAACUCCAGCAUGACGCUGCCCCUGAGGGUGCAACGACAAAGCGAAACGGCUAAAAUAAUUGCCCAGUUCCUUGAAAAACACCCUAAAGUUGAGCGCGUACUCUAUCCAGGUUUGGACAGCCACCCUCAAAGAGAACUCGCUAAGAAGUAUCACCGCAACGAUGUCAACGGGGCAGUCAUUGGCUUUGACGUCAAGGGAGGUAUCGAAGCAGGCAAAAGGCUUAUGAAUUCCAUCGGCAAACCGUUCUCUCUCUGCGAGAAUUUAGGCUCUGCUCAGUCGCUUAUCACUUGCCCCGCUGUCUUUACUCACGCCCAACUUACAAAGGAACAGCGGCUUGCCAUUGGCGUUACGGACGGUUACAUUCGUCUUUCGAUUGGCUUGGAGAGCCCUCAGGACCUUCUCCAGGCCCUUGACACAGCUCUGACAGAUGUCCUGUAG